CGCGUCGGAGAUGUGUCAGUGAGCGAUCGUUCGCCACUUGGUGAAAUAUAUUUGUGUCGUAAAUGUGGUUCGUUAGUGUGAUAAUGAGAAAACACAUGUUGGACUAUCUAAUUAUUAAGUGAUGAAAGUGUUUUAAGUUCGGUGUAUUGUUAAGAAUAGUUAUUUUCAUUUGUAUGUCAUCGGACUCUUCAAUAUGGCGGCCCCCCGUCACAAAUCACAACAGAAAAAUAUAUCCUCGAUAUUUUCAAAGUUGCAUGGUGCUUUUUCUGAUGCGGUAUGUCCAACAAAGCUGGCAACCGACAAGAGGACGCUAGACAAGACAUGGAAAUUAAUGGAUAAAGUUGUGAAACUGUGUCAACAUCAUAAAAUGAACUUGAAAAACAGCCCGCCGUUUAUACUUGAUAUUUUGCCGGAUACAUAUCAACGGUUGCGCAUUAUUUACUCCAAAUACGAGGAUAAUAUGCAGGAAUUGAAUAAUAACGAACAUUUUAAUAUGUUUAUUAUAAACUUGAUAAGGAAGUGUAAGCAAGCUAUUAAAUUGUUUAAAGAGGGAAAGGAAAAAAUGUUUGACGAGAAUUCUCACUACAGACGUAAUUUGACUAAGCUAAGUCUCGUCUUUAGUCAUAUGCUGAGUGAGUUAAAGGCGAUGUUUCCUAAUGGUACAUUUGCCGGUGAUCAGUUCCGUAUUACGAAGAGUGAUGCUGCUGAAUUCUGGAGAACAAACUUUGGUAACAGUACGUUGGUGCCGUGGAAACACUUCCGCGAGGAGUUGAACAACGUGCAUCCGAUAUCCUCGGGCCUGGAGACGAUGGCGCUCAAGACCACGAUAGACUUGACUUGCAAUGACUUCAUAUCUAACUUUGAAUUUGAUGUCUUUACAAGAUUAUUCCAGCCUUGGAGCACUUUAUUACGAAAUUGGCAGCUACUAGCGGUCACCCAUCCAGGAUACGUUGCGUUCCUGACCUACGACGAGGUUAAGGCUCGUCUACAGAAAUAUAUUCACAAGACUGGCAGUUAUGUGUUCAGGUUAUCGUGUACUCGUUUGGGACAAUGGGCGAUAGGAUAUGUGACGGCGGACGGCGAGAUUUUGCAGACGAUACCGCAAAACAAGAGUCUAGUGCAGGCUCUACUUGACGGCUAUAGAGAGGGAUUUUACUUGUACCCGGAUGGCCGGGAUGUGAAUCCUGAUCUGAGCAGUGCGAUCAUAUCCCCAGCAGAAGAUCACAUAACGGUCACACAGGAACAGUACGAGUUGUACUGUGAAAUGGGCAGCACAUUCCAGCUGUGUAAGAUAUGUGCGGAGAACGAUAAGGAUAUCAGGAUAGAGCCGUGUGGUCACCUACUUUGUACGCCGUGCCUUACAGCCUGGCAGAUUGAUUCGGAAGGUCAAGGUUGUCCUUUUUGUCGUGCGGAAAUAAAAGGCACCGAGCAAGUUGUGGUUGACGCCUUCGUGCCCCCGAGACCACCAAACACAACAUACGAAGCUAAAGGUGCGAUAGUAAAGACUCCAGUGAAACCUGUGUCUUCAAACUCCUCAGGAUCUUCAGGUUCUUCAGCUUGUAAUGGAUCCAGUUCAGAUAAUACAGUAUCUAGUGGUGCGAAUGGAUGGACAUCGCGGAAUACAUUCAAUGGAUUGACAGAUGACAUCGAUGAUCCAGAGGACUGGGCGGAGUUCAAUGCGGCGACGUCUACAAUAGACUCGUUGAGGCCCGGUGUGAGGUCGCCGGUCGCCUCGCCGCGGCACUCGCCUCGCGCGGCAAGAAGAGCCGCUGCUUCAGCUGAGAACGCGUACGGGGAACUGCGAGCCCCUCCCCUGCCUCCCAGGAAGAGUCUCUCCCCUGCCGAGCCCGCGAUCGCCGCGGCCUCUAGUGUACAGGAUAUCGCAGCAGCGGCUGCUAUGGAACCAAGACGAAGGUCCUCGCUGGAACCUGAACCUGAUUCACGUCAUCAUCUAACCUCAGUGAUUACAGGAUCUACUGAGACCAUCACUGGUCUUAUAGAUACCAGGCACGAGGUUCCACCAGAUCCGAGAGCAUUUGAGAAACCUCGUCGUGCUUGCACCCCGCAGUCCAACAGCCGGCCUCUGCCCGCGCCGCCGCCGGAACCUCGCACACAGACCGACGACAGACCGACAACCGACAAACACGACAGACCUGAAACACGAAAUAUACCGACCGAAAACCGACAAGAAAGACACAAUGAUCACACGAACCGACACGCAUAUGAAAGCAGACAAGACAGACCAAAUGAUAGAGAUAGGCCAGAACGAAACGAUAGGCAAAUUGACAAUAGACAGUCAGAACGUCACGUUAACGAUCGAGAACGUCACGUCAACGAACGUCACGUGACAAAUGACAGGCACAUAGAGUUCAGACAGCCGCCUGAACGACCACCUGACAAACCUGACAGACAAGACAGAAUACAGAAUACUGAUCGAUCUAGUUUUGAUAACACUAGAGUGGAAAGUCGAGGUCCUCCAAGACAAAGGUCUUUACCAUCCUCAACCAGUGGUAGUAUUGACCACCAGCCGACGAAGUCAACGACAAUGCCCAAAUUUCCUUCAGAAGAUGCCAAAGACCCGCCCUACGAGAAUGUCAGCGUUGAAAAGAACGAAUUAGCGGUUGCACCAAAGAAAAUAAAUCCCCUAACACACGACAAACACGGAAGAAAGUACGGCGAUAAUGUGUCGUAUGAAAAUAUAAAUCUGGAUUACAUUGCGCGUUUAGUUGGUGAAGGUUACCCCAAGGAUAUAGUCGUGCGCGCAUUGGGCAUUACCAGGAACGAUUUAGAAAUGGCUUGUGAUAUAUUACACGAAUUCGGUUCUAAAAUUCAAAAUAAAUGCUAG